GCCCAUUUUAAAUUUAUUUUUACAGCAUGGGUUCUAUGGAUAUUACAAAACAUGUUAAAACAUUCUUCUCUUCUGUAUUAAUUGAUAAUAAAACAUAUACUGAAAGCAAUCUGGAUGAUAUAUCAGUAAAUUCAAGAGAAGAUAAAUAUUGGGAAAGAGUUAAAACUUUUUCAGUUAUUAAAUGGCCCACUAAGCCAUUGUGUAUAUCGCCUCUAGUAUGUGCUCGUUAUGGUUGGCAAAAUAUUAAAUAUAAUUUGUUGAAAUGUGUUACCUGCAAAAAGUUAUUAUCAUCAAAUUUGCCCGAUUUAUGGGAAGAUUAUUAUGAUAAAGCCUUACAAAAGUUAGUCAACAUGUUGGUUACAAAUCAUGAUGCAUAUUGUUCGUGGCAAUUCAAUCCCACCCCAGAUAUCGUUUCUACCUUACCUUUUCAAAGUAUUGAUGAUAAUUUGACAACUAAAUAUAUUACCCUAACAUUAAAUUAUUUGAAUCAAUUACAAGUUAUACCCAAGUUGAAUCUAAAUAAAUGUUCGGAUUUUAAAAUAUCUGAAAUGAAAUUGAUUUAUGGGAAAUUUUAUGAGGGUAUAGAUAUUAAAAACAUACAUAAGUUACGAUUUGGGCAAAGAGAAAGAAACAUUAUUAUUAUGGCAAUGUGUGGUUGGCAAAAAAAAGAAAAAUACCAAGACAUUAUAGAAUGCAAAUAUUGUCAAAGACAUGUUGGUUUAUGGAAUUUCGAUGUUGUAAAAAAAUCACAACUCAAAUCUCACCCCAUCAAAGAGAGCUUAAAUGAAUGCAAAUCCUUAAUAAUCGCUAAAAAACGAACAAACGAUGAAUUGGGAAAUUAUUUAUACGCCUCUAAAAAAUCUAAACUAAGCUGUAAUGGCAAUCUUUCCGACCACAUCAAUGCUGGUGAUAUUAAACAAAAGUCCGGGGCUAAUAAUAGUUUAUUAGAUAACACAGAUAUUAUUGAUGCACCUCUAGAAAAAAAUAAUUACAUAGAUUCCGAAAUAACGCAAAUCGACGAAUUAAAUAAUAAUCAAAAUUGUAUAAUCGCAAUGAUAAAUGAAGUGGUAGAUAAUGUUUCCUCGGCUCUUAAUGCUGAGGAACAUUUAUUGCACACCAAUCAAAUAAUAAAUCCUAACGCAAUUCCAAAUGUUUUGAAUGAAGACAUGAGUGAUUUAUGCCCGAAAUUUUCUGUUAACAAACAUGAAAACGGGGCUAAUAAUGCCGAAAAUAUUGGUGAAAUCAAUUUAAAUGAUGGAAAAAAUAGCGAUAUGCAAUGUGAUGAUGAAACACCAAUCAACGGUUACAAAGAAGAUGAAGUGCUGGUUAACGGUCACAAAGAUGAAACAAUAGUUAACGAUCACAAAAAAGAUCUUAUAAAAGGUAAAAUCAGGGUUGGUCUUAUCAAAUGCUUGGCGAAUGAAGACGGGUCUACUAUUAAUGUUAAUAAAUUGCAAGAGCCCGAUACAAAUAUUCUCAUUUCAAAUCCUAAUUUAAGCAAGAACAAUGAAGAAAAGAAUGUUGUUGAUAGUGUGGUGCCUUCGAUAGAAAAACUAAAUCAUGAACAGGAAGAGGAGUCUGAUGAAACGAGUGAAUUAGUUAUACAAAGUUUAGAACCCAUAUCACAGCACAGAAGUUGGUGCCCUUGGGUUAAUGACCACAAAUAUUAUGAGUUUUAUAAACGCUUGGUUUUCAUUUGUAAAAAUUUAGAUUAGAAAGGUAGGAAAUAAUAUCAUUUAUUUAUAUUCAAUUUCUCUAAUAAUAGUAACGGAAAAUUUGCAUUUUGGUAGUUAAAAUUUUUUUUAAUUGACAAAACAUUUAACUUUGCUGCAAUUUAAUCAUAUUUUAUUUUCUUGUGCUGUAUUAUUAUCUAAAAUAUUGGACCAAUUAUUCUUAUACUCUACUAUGCUAUAUUAUUGUAAAUUUUUAUCGAUAUAAGUAUUUAUUAACGUUAACAAUGAGAAACAAUUUUUAUUAUAUUUUUGAAAUUUUACAUUCAUAUUAUCGUCAUCAAUUAAUAUUAAUUAAUUUUUUAAAAUCUUGUAAAAAAACAUUCAAAGCCAAAUAAUAACAUUACAUUAUAAUGCUCUUAUCAUUUUCAUUCUACCAUUUUUUUCAAAGAAAUUUUCUGUGAUAAUAUAUAAUAAUUAAAAUUAUUUCUCUUUACCAAAAUAUAACUUUUUUUUUCGUAAAACCGCAUUUAAUCUACAAAAAAAAGUAAAAACCAUCUAAUUUAGUAAAAGUUUAAUUGGUUCUAAUAAAAUGGGCAACGAUUUAAUUUGAGUAAAAAUUCUCCUCCUGAUAGCUCUACAAAUUAGACAAGUUUCAUUGUAAAUUUUUACAACCAAGCAAAAUAAUUAAUAUAUUUUUAGCCCAUU